AUGUCUGGUAAUUAUAUAAGUAAUGUAAUUUCCUUAUGAAUUCGAUAAUAUAACCCUUAGCAUUUUAGAACAUUUUACUAUAGUAAAAAUUGUUCAGUCUGUGCUACAUUUUUACAAUAACUAUGAAGUCUUUCUUAUUAUUUGGUCUCAUUCUAUCAUACAUAAAUUUUUUAAAUGCGAUUAAAUUAUCACCGAUAUACGAAUGGAAGUCCAUAGAAUUUGAUUGGGAUUCAGAAGAAGAUCAACAAGCUGCUUUAGAGUCUGGAAAUUACAUUAAAGAUGCAGCACUUCCUGUUGAUGUCGAUAUAUUUAUGAAAGCAGGCAAUGGUCAAGUUCAAAGUAGAACAACAUUUGUAACACUAUUACGCAAAUCUGGAGUUCCAGCCUCUUUGACCACUAUAACUGAGAAACAGGGAGAGAAUGGACCACUUUUAAGACCAUUUCCAGAUUGGUCUUCAACACAAGGUUGUUCUGGAUUGACAAAUGUUCACCGAAUUUCCAUAACAAAAUGUGGUCAUUUGUGGGCUUUGGAUUCAGGCGUUGUAGAUGGGCAACAAGUAUGUCCUCCAAAAAUUACAAUUUUCGAUUUGAAUUCAUCUACAGUCUUGAAAGAAAUUCAAAUACCUAAAGAAGUAGUUGAGGGAAAAUUAGUGAAUAUUGUCGUUCAACCAUUAGACGAAGAGUGCUCAUCUUCAGCAGCAUAUUUAGCUGAUGCAUUUGGAAAUGCUCUUAUCAUCUAUGACGGGAAAAAGUUCUGUCGUCUUACGGGUCCAGAAUUCGAACCAGAACCAGAAGCAGAAACUUUCAAAAUUGGAAAUGAUAGUGCCCAGGGAGCGAUCGGUCUUGUAGGACUUUCAAUAUCAGUUGAAUAUGAUAAUGAAAUAACUGAACAAAAUUUAUUCUUUAACGCCCUUUCAUCAUACUCAAUGUAUUAUGCCAACACGGGAGAGUUAAUUAAUUAUUGUACCUCUGGUACUAAACCAAACAUACAAAAAGUGGGGAGUCCCCUUUCAAGUCAAUCUGUAGCACAAGUAAUUGAUGGUAACGAUGCUCUUUACUAUUCCAGUGUAUCAGAAAUGAGUUUGAAAUGUUUUAAUGUUUGGGAAAGUUAUACCGAAGAGAAUAGGGUCACUUUAGAUCAAGACCCGGAAACUCUUCAAUGGGUCAGCGGCUUAAAAAUAUCUCCUCCACAAUCAGGAUUUGGAAAUUUACUUGUACUUUCAAAUCGAUAUCCAAAAUUUGAUCUUGGAACACUAGAUCCAAAUGACGUUAAUUACCGUAUCCUUCAAGUUAGCAACUAUGUAGCAACUUAUGAUACUAAGUGCAUGUAAAUAUAAUGAUUUAUUGUGAAAUAUUGUAGCAUUAGAUCGAUUUAUAAAAAAUAAAUAAAUGAAUAAGUAAAUUGUAUAAA